AUGACAGCAAACAACAGCACCGCCGUGGAGGAGUUUGUCCUGCAGAGCUUCUCGGAGGAGCCUGGGCCACGCAUUCUCUUCCUGGCCGUGUUCCUCCUCCUUUACCUGGGGGCUCUUGCAGGGAACGCCCUCAUUGUCACCGCCAUCAGCCUGCACCCAGGCCUCCAUACCCCAAUGUACUUCUUUCUCACCAACCUGGCCAUUUUAGACAUUGUCUGCACCUCUACGGUUGUCCCCAAAUUGCUGGAGAACCUGGCACUCAAGGGUGGCACCAUCACCUACCAGGGCUGCAUGACCCAACUCUUCUUCCUGACCUGGUGUUUAGGGGCGGAGCUCCUGCUGCUGACGGUCAUGGCCUAUGACCGCUACGUGGCCAUCUGCCGCCCGCUGCACUACAGCAGGCUGAUGGGCCGGCCGGUCUGUGCUCUGCUGGCAGGCAGCGUGUGGGCAAUCACUGUGCUCAACACUUCUGUGCACACAGGGCUAAUGACAAGGCUGAUGUUCUGCGGCCACAAUCAGAUCCAGCAUUUUCUCUGUGAAAUCCCCACGCUGCUGCUGCUCUCCUGCAGCCCGACCACCCUGAACAACGUCAUGAUGGUCCUGGCGGACGUGUACUUUGGAGUGGUCAACUUUCUGCUCACCCUGGCGUCCUACGCCUACAUCAUCGCCAGCAUCGUGCGCAUGCGCUCCGCCACGGGCAGGCAGCGGGCCUUCUCUACUUGCUCCUCCCACCUCUUGGUGGUCACCUUGUACUACUCCACGGUCAUCUACACCUACAUCCUCCCGGGCUCUGGCUCCUCCCUGGAAAACGGCAAAGUGGUUGCCGUGCUGUACACGGCAGUCAGCCCCACCCUGAACCCCCUCAUCUACUCGCUGCGGAACAAGGAUGUCAAAGUGGCCCUCGGGAAGGUGUUUUCCUGCAUCCGUGGCCGGCAUGGACCUUGCAGGCUCACGGGCUGAUUUGAUAGUAAGACGCGGAGAGUCUGAAGUGAGAAUCAAAGAGCAAGAAGGAAGUUAAUGUGAUACACUUAGGUGAUAUGCGCUGUCCGGCAGGAACUGCCGGUUUUCCAGGUGGCUCUGAACUAAGCCUUC